CUUAAGAAAGCAAGCGCCGCCUCCGCGCGAUCCAGCCGGCCAUGGAGAGCGAAGCGCGCACUUGCCGCCUGAGCGGCGGCGGCGACCCGGCCCCCCCGGGCGCCAUCACGCUGGAGGAGCUGGAGAGCGCCGGGGCGGCCGGCGGGGACGAGGCGGAGGAGGCGGCGGCGCCGGGGGCGGCCGGCUGCCCGGACUCGGCGUACGGCAGCAGCCUGGAGGACAACGCCGGCGACGAGCAGGAGCAGGAGCGCCUGCUGAGCUACUGGCAGAGCGUGGGCCGCGGGCACCGCGUGGACGUGCCCAGGGGUAAGCCAGGGGGAGCCAGCCGGGCUCCGGGACCGGGCAGCGCGCUCCCGCCUUGGCGCAAAAGGCGCGGACUUCCCUCGCGCUCCGGCGAAGCCUCUCGCCAGCGGUUUCAGGGGCUUUCGGUUUGAAAAGGAUUAGCUUGGAAAGCGGGGGGAGCUGCUCGCCGGCAAGCGCCUGCUCCGCGUUUCCAACGGCGCUUGCAAGGAACGGGCUCCGGGGAGCAGGAGCGUCAGGAAGGGAUCCCUUCCCUGGCAGGCCGCCGUCUUCGCCAGCUGUUUCCCAUUCACCAUCAGGAGGAAGUUAAGGCUGCUUUCAGCUUUGGUAGAGGGAAUCUAAGGAAGGGGAUGGAGCCGGUGUCCUGAGGAAAAGCGGCAGCAUGGGGGGGGGGGGUUAGUUUAGAGAAAAGGCAAGUGAGAGAAGCCUACAAAACUAGGCAAGGAGAGCGUGGACAGAGAGGAAAGUUUUUCUCCCUCUCUCCGUACAAUAGAAUUCGUGGGCAUCCAAUGAAGCUGAAUGUAGGAAGAUUCAGUUCCGAUAAAAGAGCACACAGAGUUACAGCGUGGAACUCCCUCCCAUAGGACACAGGGAGGGCCACCAACUUGGAUGGAAUGAAAUGAGGAUUAGACAAAUUCAUGGAAGAGGAGAGGGCUACCCUGGCUACUAGCAGCAGUUCUGAAUGGCAGCUGGCGGAGGCCACAGGAGGGGAGAGUGGGGCUCAUGUGCUCAAAUCCAGCUUGUGGGUUCCCCACAGGCCUCUGUUUGGCCACUGUGAAAUGCUGGACUAGAUGGGCCAUCCGCCUAAUUCAGCAGGCUCUUCUUGCGAUUACAACAGGAUGGGCACCUUUUGCCACCUGCUCAUUUAUGUUUGUCACUCAGCGUGUUUCCAAGCCAUGAAAUUAGUUCCUCCCACCACGGAGUUUCCAGAGAGUUCAUUUGAUGGAAGGGUGAGGAGAGAUGGUGUGCCAAAGUGUAGGACUGUGCACUGGCCAAUGUUACCCUGCAAGUCUGCAGUAGGAAUUGCCUUGCUGUGUAAGAGAACCACCCAGUUUAGCCCAGUAAUCUGCCUACAACGGGUGAUGCCCUGCCCAGCUCUGUAGGAGGAACACCUCAUACUAUUUGCCCAAGCUAAUACGAUCUGCUGUGGCUGCAGCUCUCCAUGGUCUUAGGGGAAAGAAAGGUCUUCCACAUCUCCUUCCACCUGAUCCUUUCAGCUGGAGAAGCCGCCUGGGAUUGAACUUUCUGCACACAAAACAGAUGCUCUAAGCCCCUCCCCAGAGAUGAUCAUUGCCCCCAGCACCUACAAAUGUGAUCUUUGGUGCUGCUGAAAUUGGAUGCUCCAUCCUUGGCUAUUACGAUUAAUAUCCACUGACAGAUACAUCUCCCACUAAUUGUUUAAUCCUUUUUGAAAACCAUCUAAGUACACACACCCCGGCUGACACUUAAUGCUAUUAUUGGUUUGACAUCACAGAACUACAGUGAGGGCUGAAGCUGGCCAAAGGUUUCAAAAAUGCUCCGCAAGGAAACCCAGAAAGGUGUAUUAGUAGCUCUGAGGGGAGUCUGGGGUGGCGGAAGCGCAUCAAAUUAUGGCAAUGGAGCAGGAUACUCUGCUCAUCACAACUUAAGAUCACAGAAAGUACCGGUGAAGAGAAACUAGAACUAUUAUAUACAGGGAAAUAACAGACCAAUGCUCUAGCACAUAAUGGCAAAAUCCUGCUUACCACACUGCAAGUGGACAUAAGCAUCAAAGUUACUUUGGGGUGGGAGGUGUUUACUACCUUCCACAAGGCAAAGACUGUCCAGCCACUUGGCCUCAAGAGAUGAAUAUAUUCUAUCAUAACUCAACACACCUAUGACUUAAGUGUCGUCCUACAAUGAAAGCUUUAAUGGACGAUCAGUAGCCCUCUGAUGGGGGGGUGUGUGUGUGUGUCUGAGAAGUCUCCCUCCAAGCCAUGCCCAAUUAUUAAAACACCAAUGAAAGGUCACAAGGUGACAACAAACUGCUUCAGUUAUGGUUGUAACACAGCCCACUCUUAAGCAUUCGAUGGCACAGCAAAAAUCAGAGCCAUAUGAACCAAGCAUGGCACCAACCACUGCUUCUCCCCAAUGGAGACAGAAAAGUGGUUUGACGUUGGCUUGGUUAGCAACACAAUUGGUUAUAGUAAUUAAAGGUUAGUUAAUGGAGCAAUCUUACAACUAAGGUCCUGUGCAGAGAUGUCAUCCAUACCAGUCUGUAAUGUCUAUGUCUUGUACAUAUUUGCUGUGCUAAUGCAUUACAGUGGUGCCUCGCAAGACGAAAUUAAUUCGUUCCGCGAGUUUUGUCGUCUUGCGAUUUUUUUCGUCUUGCACGGUGUCGGGAAAGUUUUGGAAAAGCUUCAAAAAUCACCAAAGUCUUUAAAAACCUCAAAAAAGGCUACCACACCGCGUUCUAUGAGUUGCUCCUCGAAGUCAAGUCGCAACUGUAUUAACGGUGUUAAGAAAAAGGAAACAAACUUGCAAGACGUUUCCGUCUUGCAAAGCAAGCCCAUAGGGAAAACCGUCUUGCGAAGCAGCUCAAAAAACAAAAAACCUUUCGUCUAGCGAGUUUUUUGUCUUGCGAGGCAUUCGUUUUGCGAGGUACCACUGUACACUGAACUAAAAGUCACAUAGACCAGUCAAAAAAAGUUAUGCAAAUAUUGCAAUUAAUUUUACUUUGGCAUCAAAACAAAACUAGCUGGUUGUUCUUAAGUCCAAUAAAUAUUAGUGUAUCUUGGAAAUAAGCCUUUUCCAAACUGUUCUAGUCUUACUACCUGUGUUCUCACCCACAUAAGAAUUUUCAUAUGUGAAUCAGGCAUAUUUACUUCUAUAAACAACAAUUUAAUCACGUUCUUACAGAUAUGGCAGAGCCAAUCCAACAGCUGACCAGAAAUAACCAUCCUCAGGAGAGAGAAAGUGUUCCAUUUGUUGUGAUAGCCCGUAAAGAACAGGUAUCAUCUCUUCAUUAAAAUACACCUUCGUGCAUUAUAGCAAGAGUGGGAAGAGAAACAGGCAUGGUUUCUACUUUUGUUUAUCUAACAAGCAGUCAAAUUUAGUGAAUGGAAAGUGGUCUGAAAACUAGUUUUUAAAAGCUCUCUUUGUUCCUUCCCAAUUUUAAUUGUGCUUUUUAAAAAAAAAUGUUCCCUACCUAACAUGUUCUAACCCUACUGCAGAGAGAAAAAUGCACUUUUUCUUACUUUAGGUGAUUAAAUAUAGAAAUGCAACUUUAAAUAAUUCAUAUGUUUAAAAUUUAAGCUAAAUCCCAGCAUGACAGAGGUGCUAUUGGUGAGAUGGGGUUCUGGAAGGGGGUUGUACCCUCCCAGAGGGACUGCAUGCUCAGUUUAGGGGUGCGCACAAGUCAUCAUUGUCAAUGGAUGCACAAGUGGUCUCAAAGGCAUGAAAUAAUGGUCAGCUAUAGCUAAUAUUCCCCAUUGGUACCCUAGCCUCAUGGAGAAAGGUACCCUAGCCUUAGCUGUAGUCUGGUAACCCUUGGGUUGGAUGAGUUCUUCUCAGCCUAGCUGCAUUCUGAAAGACCAAGAGGGCAGGUAGACUGUGUAUAUAUGAACAAAUUCUGUGUUAUGAAUUACCCUAACCAGCUAUCACAAAUAUUGAUUAUUUCUGAACGCGUUUACCCCUUUCAGAGCCAAACUCACAGUCUACAACAGUGGUGGAUGUUAAAUACUGGUAGAAGUAAAAGCUUUCCUGAAGGCCCACCACCUGUGUGCCUUAGUCUUCCUUUAACACUUUAACUCACCUUAGGGUGGUGGUAUGUGGGUAAUAAAUUAUAAUAAUAACAGCAAUUUUGAAAAUUUACAGCUUGGGAAUCUUCUUUAUGAAAAACGCCACUAUGAAAAGGCGAAAUGGGCUUGCGUCAAAGUGCAAGAAAAGCAGUAUGAACAGAGCAUAUGCCUAGGAUUCAUGAAGAUUAUGAGAUACAUUUGUCAGCAGAAUUCAUCAGGUAAAUAAUCAACUGUCAGACACACAUACUACACUAUCUUUUGUUCUGACUGCACCACAUUACUUAUAAAUGCGCCAUUUGAUCCUGCAAGGAGAAUUCCCAAAUGCAAAAUUUCCCAAGGCUGCAAAAUUUGAUUCCGCAUAUGUGAUUUAACUUCACAACUAGCUGACAGGUAAUGUCAGGAAAUUACUAAUGACGCUAUGCUUUCCUCAGGCCUAUACUUGGGGAUGACUGUUCCCAUUGCAACCAUAGUUCGCACCAGUGAGAGCACUCCAGGCAUCACGAGAUUUGUGACUGUAGCAUAUUACCUCCCCAGUGGGCUGCAAGAACAGCCACCUGCACCCAAUGAUCCGGAUGUUGUCAUUGAAGAGUGGCCUCCAACCGUUAUUUAUGCCAGGUAAGAAUCAAAAGUUGCCUAUCUAAGUGCCAGGGUUGAUUAGCUGAAAAUCUCAUCAUCAUGACACAUUCUUUUCCACGGAUUCAUUCCAAACACUGAACAAUUCAAAACCAAAAUCCUUUCAUCCAAAUACUCAGCGUUUCAUGUUUACUUUUGCUUAGAGUUCUGUCAUUACAGUUGUGAAGUCCAGUUCAGAUUUAACGAUCUUGGCUGAAUAAAUUCAUGGUUUAUUAGGCAAAGAAUGUACUGAGCUGGUUUGCAUGUAGUUACAGUACUUACAGUUUAAGACACAAGCUGGAAUUAGACUGAGCAAAGCCUUCAUGCUCACACUGUCCUACAAACCUAACUGCAGCUUGAAAUAUACAAAGUGAUACGGUUCCUUUGUGCUACUUAACCUUGGCUGUGAGUCCUGCAACAGCUGCUCCCUGCCUUGCUGGUCUUUUUCCACCUGGCCUGAGAGGGCAGGGCCCGGACUGACUCCAACUGCAGCAAAAGCUGAGGCUGCUGAACAGAAUCUUGAGCUGGAGUGUUGUUUAGGGGUCGCUGGGGUGGGAGGUUAUUGCUGUUAGAAAUAAAAUGAUCAUGAAGGUUUGCAUGUCAUGCCAAACCAAGGCUUUGCAUGUUGUCUGAACUGGUCACAUGGUGAAACUCUCUUCACUAACCAUGAGCUGUAACCACAGUUUUUUCUCGCACCUGGAAAGGAGCUAAGCCCCUUUUGACCUCACCUCUGGGAACUCUCACACUCUCAGUAAGCCUAGUUUGGCUUAGUGUGACAAACCAGGCAAAUGUGCGAUUAUAGGUAACUAAUUUUAAUUAAGCAAGGAGCAGUCUGAGACAAAACCAAGCAAGUGUUAAGACCUUGUCAGGUAUCUUGGCUCCAGCUACACAGUGCCUUCUGGAUAUUUCUUUAAGUUGAUGAAAAAGCAGGCUAUGUUUGUUUAAGCACAUUUGUAUCCUGGUUUUGGGCUUCUAAAGCAGCUUAACUAUAACUACCAACACACACACCAACUAAAAUAUCAGUCUGGAAAUCACUCACUCAACUAAUUCUUUCUCCCUCUUCUACCCUGCAGCCCCUUGCUACCCUCCCCAGCCCCACUCAAAAGCCUCUCCAGAGGGUCAAAGCUGGCUGCCCAGACCCUUUGGAGGAGCUUUUUAUGGGAGAGGGCAGGAGGGGAGGGGAAGAUUGGUUAUGCGAGCUGCCUUCUACUCACCCUAAAUUUAUUUAAAAUUCUAUUUUCAUUACUGAAAUGUUUGCUAUUCUGGGUUCCCAUGGGAGGAAGGACACCAGACUAUAAGUGUAGAAUAUCUGUAUCAAAUAGUUGUGUGGAAACAAACACAAAAAUCAACAAGCACUGAGAAUGAUACAUGGCAUGCAGAAUUCAGCCUCUAACAAUCUCAACACUCUCCCCAGCCCACUAUGUGUGUGUGCACGCACAUAUAUAAUAUAAACAGAGAAAUGGGUAGUUUCUAGCGUUUGUGACUUCAGGGAUCUUGUUGAUGUCAUGGUCCCACUUUCAAUCUACAAUCAAGGGAUUGCUGUAAGUCUAAAACGAAUAAAAUAUUAUUUUAAAAUGGCUUGUUCACAGGGCCUUCAGAGGAGUCACCAACGAAACGUCCAUUGCAAGAGAAAUUAAUAUGCUGGCCGAACUUCUGGAGAGUCCUGAGCUGUGUUUGCAAGAUACCUUCAUAGUUGCAGGAUACACAAAUCCAGCUGCUACAAAUCGACAGAACGAAAUAUGGUUUCUUGAAAGACCAUAGCUGGCUAUUUUUUGAGCUACAAGACAGCCAAGCUCCAUUGACGGAUCACCCAUGAAACACGCAAGUGAACUCUAGUCAGCUAGCUGGAAUGAUCAAGAAUGAUAUGUAGCCAUUAACUUUAUAAAGCCUAUUUCCUAAGAAAACACGAAUAUCACAUUCCACCAGCAUAGCCUGACAGACAAACCAGCUUCCUUCCUCAGCAAUUAAGAAGGCAAACUUGGAGUGUCUGUUGCCAGUUUUGAAGGGUUUUUCCUAGUUGUUGCUUCAGUUAUGUAUAGUCACUACAAUUUCAAGCACUUUCACCAAAAUUAAGACACAGGAGAUAUUCUGUAUUAAGAGAAAUAAAGUGUUCUGUUCCCUUGGCAUCCCUCCCAACUCUACACUCCUGUGAUUCUUCCCAGUAUUUAUUCUGACAUGCAAAAGUGCUUCACUAACUCAAUGGAAGUUGAAGUUGUAGGUAAAACUGCACAAUUUCUGAACAUUUUAUCUGAUGCUACACAGUCGCCAUUCAUUUGAGAGAGGCUACAGAGGUAGCUCCACCAAAAUGAACUGCAUUGUCUGUAAGCAAAUAAUACCCUAGCAGAUGCUAACAGUAAUUAUUCCUCAUUAUUACACAAGUUUAUUUUUAUAGAUACAAUGCUAUUGACUAUUUUCUUCUGAAUAUCUAAUAUAGGUGAACAGAAAUUGCUACCUCCUUUAUCAACAGAAGUAGGGUUUUAUUGUAUAGUGGUACCUCUGGUUGCGAACGGGAUCCGUUCUGGAGGCCUGUUCGCAACCUGAAAAGAACGCAACCCGCGUCUGCGCGGGUCGCGAUUCGCCGCUUCUGCUCAUAACGUCAUUUUGCACGUCUGCACAUGAGCGAGCGGCGAAACCUGGAAGUAACCCUUUCUGGUACUUCCAGGUCGCAGCGGGAGGCUGACUGAAAACGUGCAACCUGAAGCAAACAUAACAUGAGGUAUGACUGUAUACAUUGUUGGUAUCUUGGCUGUGAGUCCUGGAAGACUUGUUCCCUGCCCUGCAGGCCUUUUUCCACCUGCCCUGGUAGGGCGAGGCCCGGACUGACUCCAGCUACAAAAGCUGAGGCUGCUGAACAGACUCUAGAGGGUUUUGUUGGAGGUGGGGUGUUGCUGUUAAUUUUUUGUAUCUUUAUUUUGGUUCAUACAGUUUGUGUGGCAAUUGUUCAGUUUGGUUGUGUACUUUUUGAUGUUUUGUUUAUUGUUUAUGACUACUUUUGUUAUGUUUUUAGCUAUGUAUUUUUUAUAUGUUGUAAGCCACCUUCAGCACAGUUUAAACUUUGCUAGCCCACAAGCAAAUAAAAUGAUUGACUGAUAUUUAAUUUGAAGGAUUAUCAGAAGGAAAUUUCACAUUCUGAAAAUACCAUGUUUUUACUCAUUUUGAAAUUAUCCACUUAGCCAACUAGGAUACAAAAUGAAAUCUUUUGUAAGUCGUAUUAAAAAAAAAACUAAUUCAAGUCUAGAAAUAAUAAAGCUGGAAUCCUAAUUGCUAAUUUACCUGUGAAAGAUAUACGUCAUAUAUUGUUUACUGUUGGAAGUUGC